AUGGGUUCACGCUCAACCAAGGUUGCGGCGUUCCCGCAUGUGAAGGCUGCUGCCUCACCGGUCGCACCUGCUCACCAACAUCACGAAAGAAGUAACAAAACAAACGAAACUGGACCCAGCCAAGGAUGCAUACAUCAGGCUAUUCGAACGUCAGCAACUUCACCACACUCUUUCGACGACACAGACGUCCAGGCUCCAACACGAGCAGCCACUACCCUGAAACGACGAUACAGUGAACCUAUACAGACAGCAGCUAUGGCCACAGAAGGGUACGUAGAUGGGAUACGGCAUUUUGACGCGUUUGAAGUUCUUCUUGUGGCGCGCAGUCUGAUGUCCAUCGAAUUCAGUUAUGCCGAUGUCACAAGCCCAGCGCUAAUCGAACAUCUUUCAACCCCACCUACGUCUGUGCCAGUCCAUGAAAAAUCCAAGAAGGUCGAGGAUCCCGAGGUACAAUGCAUAAGUUGCUGCACGCAGCUUCCCAAAGAGAAGGACCCCAAGUAUACUCGGGAAGUGCUCAAGCCUUGCAGAUCCUGCAACAGCACAUACUGCGUUACAUGUGUCAAAGGCAUGUUCCUCGAUGCAUGCAAAGAUUCCACCAGAAUGCCUCCGCGCUGCUGUGUGCAGGUUCAUCUCCACCAUGUAAAGCCACACUUGACAACCGAAGAAAUCACAGAAUACAGGUCUAAGUACGAAGAGUGGAGCACGCCCAAACCGUUCUACUGUCCGAUAUCAACAUGCUCCGUCUUCAUACCAGAGCGGCUACUAUCCGAGCAGGCAGGGCCAAAAGGCAAGCGGAAGUUGGGCUCUGGCAUUGAAACACCUACAUCGCCAAACUUCCAGUGUCCGAAGUGCGAAGGCGAGAUCUGCGUUGAUUGCAGACAACUAGCUCAUCCAGGCAGUCUCUGUGCUAUUCUGGACCUUGGAGUUGAUGUAGAGACAGCACAGCUUCUUAAAGCAUGGGGCUACAAGCGGUGUCCGAAAUGCAGCCAAGGUCUGAAGCGAAUGUAUGGCUGCAAUCACAUGGAGUGCAGGUGUGGUGCGCACUUCUGCUGGGGAUGCUUGAAGAGUAGGGACGAAUGUGAAGGAGGCUGCGAUGAAGACGGAGAUGACAACUACGGCAGCGAUUCCGAGCCUGAUGAGCCUGAGCCUCUUUCAGCGCACAGCAACGGUACUGAGGUGGCAGUGGCUGAAAAACAAAGGGUAGCCGAGGAAGGUUCAGAGGUUGUCGCACAGGCUCCAAGCGGAGCAGCAGCUGAUGCAAUUACCAAUCCGCGAACCGCUUCGCGCCCGCGCAACCUCGACGGCGGCUCGUCACGUUACUGGGAAUACCAAGAUCUUCACUUUGGUGAUGAGCCAAAUGACGACAUUCAAGACCAAGUGUGGGACUGCUACCACUCCUUUGAGCCCUACACAGUCUCUUUCGCCUCAUCCAUUUCUCAGCAUCCUUCAACGUGUGAGCUGGAGUGCGUCAAGUGCUGGUGCACAAUGCGGUCGGGAGUUGAAGUGCCGCACAAGUCAACAGGUGAUCAGGUAAAGGCUGCACGCUCCGUCCUUUCUCCUAGGGACAGCAGUAUAAAUGCCAACAGAAGCCGCGGGGGGUAUGGCCUACGAGCUCGUGGACGCCCGGUGGCGGCUGGACUACGUCCUGCACCAUAUGUGCCUCCGCGUGGACUUUUCCGCUCCGAUGCUACUAUCGGUACAGCACCUCACCUCGCGGCAACAUUUCUUCCUGGAGGCAUGAGGCAUGUGAUGAUACAGUCAGAACCGAUGGAAGGUGUUCAAUUUGAAGCCGAUCGCGAUGCGGCGAUGGAAGUUGAAGGACUGGAGUCUGUACCAAGCACUCGACCCAAGAAAACAACGACAGCAUCACGAAGAUGA